AUGGCGUCCAAACAACGCGAUAUCUCCGUCUCGGAGUUCUUCGCGAAGAACAGGCACCUGCUGGGGUUCGACAAUCCACGCAAAGCACUGCUGACCACUGUGAAAGAAGCCGUGGACAACGCGCUCGAUGCGUGCGAGGAAGCCGGGAUCCUUCCGGAAAUCGAAGUCAAAAUCGAAGAGAUCACCCCCCCGCCGCAUGCUUCAAAGCCGGGACGCUACAUCGUCACCAUCACGGACAACGGCCCCGGCAUUGUCCGCAAGCAGGUCGAGAACAUCUUCGGACGACUCCUUUACGGCUCCAAGUUCCAUCGACUCAAAAUGUCACGCGGACAGCAAGGGAUCGGGAUCUCCGCUGCGGGCAUGUACGGCUUGAUGACAACCGGCAAGCCGAUGGUCAUCACCACACGACCAAAGAAGAACAAGCCGGCGCACCAUCUCGAACUCGCGAUGGACACGACCAAGAACAAACCAGAAGUCACCGUCGAUGUCGAGACAGAUGACUUCCCAAACAACACAGGGACGCGCGUCGCGAUCGAGAUGGAAGCGAAGUUCUUCCGAGGCAAGGGCUCCGUCGAGACGUACCUUGAGCAGACCGCGAUCUCCAACCCCCACUGCUCGAUCACCUUCAUCCCGCCUGACAAAGCCGGAGAGAAUCCUGAUCUCGCUGAAGCGAAUGAUGGCGUCGAAGCCGACGAGCAAGGCAUCGUCCGCACGCAAGAGUUCAGUGAUCGGAUCGUGUAUCCGCGCACCGUGGACGAACUCCCCCCUGAGACGGAAGAGAUCAAACCCCACCCCUACGGCGUGGAGUUGGGUACCUUCCUCACGAUGCUCAACAAAACGACUGAGAAGCAACUCGCUGGAUUCUUCAAAAAGGAGUUUUGUCGAGUCCCGCCUUCGACGGUCAAGGAAGUCACGGCUGCUGCGUCAAACUCGAAGAAGUCGUACUCAGGUCAGACUUGGGUCAAGACCAUAGAGUCGAAGGACGCCGAGAAGAUCUACAAAGCGCUCCAAGAAGCAAAGCUCCGCAGCCCCCCCACGGACUGUCUCUCACCGAUCGGUGUCAAGCAGAUGCUCGCGGGACUGCUCAAAGGCGUCAAGGCGGAGUUCUACACGGCUUCAACGCGCAAGCCGAGCGUGUAUCGCGGGAAUCCGUUCCAGAUCGAAGCGGCGAUCGCGUUUGGGGGUGAUCUUCCUGGGGACCAGCAGGCACGCGUGAUCCGCUACGCGAACCGCGUCCCGCUGCUGCAUCAGCAGAGCGCCUGUUCGUCGUUCAAGUCCGUCGUCGAGACCUCAUGGAAGAACUACGGCAUGCAGCAACCCCGCGGAGGACUCCCUGUUGGGCCGCUUGUGGUGAUGAUCCAUAUGGCGAGUGUGUGGGUGCCGUUUACGAGCGAGUCGAAGGACGCGAUCGCGGACUAUGACGAGAUCCGCAAGGAGAUGUCGCUGGCGCUGCAGGAAUGCGGCCGCAAGCUCGGACAGUACAUCCGACGGCGCCAACGGAUGAAACGCGAUGCGCAGAAGCGUGAUGUCUUCGAACGCUACAUCGGGGAGAUCUCCAGAGCGUGCAACUACCUGACUGGUACGGACACGCAGGAGCUCUACGACGCGCUGCUCGCACAAGCGAAGGCACGCACCGAGAUCGCGGAUGCGCAGCUCGACGACGAGGGCAAGUUCAUCAAAGACGAUCAGGGCCGACUCGCGAAAGCGGACGAUGUGAUCAUCCUUGAUAAUGCGAUCGGUGGUCCAGAUGAAUCAGGAUCGGUCGCGGAAGCGAAGCCGACGAUCAAGAAGAAGCGUGUGAGCAAGACGAGUAAGAAGAAGCGGACGAGCAAGAAGAAGUCAUCAUCCAAGAAGGCGGCCGCCGGGCUGUUCGGGGAAGUGGAGCUCAAUCCUCCAGCUACAGAGGAGAACAUAGCUUUCUAUCAAUCUAAUUUUGAUUGUGAUGUGCCAGAUGAACUUCUUGAACUCUACAGGCAUGCCGAUGGCGGAGAGCUGUUUGGCUUAAUGCUUGUGCCGACUACAGAAUGCUCCGCCGUACACCCGGAUAAGCCAUGGUGCUCAUUCCAUUCAUGGGGAGAUGGCAAUUUUGACUGGCUGGUCGGGGCAGGCGACGACCAGUAUCAACAAGGUACCGUUGUCUUCUGCGAUCAUGAGACCGGGAAGCACGCAAAGGUUUGCGACUCUCUUGCUGAUUGGCUUGCAGGGAUGACUGUAGAGUUUGAACAACAAGGGGAAGUCUGGAUGCCCUUUGACUACAUUUCUAUGAAAGACCAACAACGAAUCGGACUGUACCACAAAGCUGCGAUGAAGUUGAAGGAGACUUCCGUCAAGCUCAGCGCGAUGGCGCAGAGCAUCGUCACGGCGGUCCACGCGGACAAAGAACCCGAGAUGGAUGUCCCGAUCCGAGCCGCGUCCAACACGAACUGGAACGCGAAGAAGGGCAUUCUUGAGAUGGGGGACUCCGUCGGGACGCGGCAGCUCUUCAACCUCGGUCAAGCUCGCAAGUUCAUGCAGACGCUCCUGCACGGCAAGUCAGUCGACGAACUCCUCCAAGCGGACAAGACGCUCUCGCUUCGUGGAAUGUUCUACAAGUCACUCCACACGAUCGAGGGGACCAAAGAGAAGACCUUCGAUGACCAGACCGAAUCCGACGGCAUCCUCGAAGACCUCGAAGUCUCGCUCGGAUCGCUGCGUGAAGAACUCCACAUCUUCGCGAAGAAACGCGGGACGAUGGUCGGGAACAUCACGGUUGUGGACAACGGCGACGAGAUCAACUGCCGAAAGAUGGGGUCCGGCGGAUACGCGAUCCCGAGUAUCUGCGAGCCAGAAGUCAUCCAGUUCAAGGAUGUCAAAGCGAAGUUCAUCCUCCAUGUCGAGAAAGACACUGUCUGGCAACGCUUCAACGAGGACCGCUUCUGGGAGAAGCACAACUGCAUCCUCACCGAAGGAUCUGGACAACCCACACGCGGCGUGCGGCGCAUGCUCCAUCGUCUCAACAAAGAACACGGGCUACCGGUCUACUGCCUGCUCGAUUGCGAUCCGUGGGGGCACUACAUCUACAGCGUGAUCAAGCAGGGCUCGAUCUCACUCGCGUUCGAGUCCUCUCGUCUCGCGAUCCCAGAAGCGAAGUACCUCGGCAUCCGCUCGAUCGAUUUCGAACGCUGCGACCUCAGUGACGAUGUCAAAAUCUCGCUCAACGAUCGCGACAUCAAACGCGCCAAACAGAUCGCGGCGUACCCAUGGUUCGAGAAGAACAAGCAGUGGCAGAAAGAGAUCAAGAAGAUGCUCUCCAACGGCUUCAAGAUGGAAGUGGAAUCCCUGAUCACCAAAGACAUCAGCUAUGUCACUGAGGAGUAUGUGCCGGCACGGCUCAAAGCAAGGGAUUGGCUUGGUGCUGAUAUGCCGGAUACUGAUCGGGAUCGCACAAAUCAAACCACCAUCGCAGUCACUGGUCCGACCGGGUAUGUGGGUGGUCGGCUUGUCCCAGUUUUGAUCGAUGAAGGAUACCAAGUCCGCUGCAUCGCACGCGAGCCUCGGAAGCUAGACGAUCGGACUUGGAGGAAUCACGAACGGAUUGAUGUCGCGCAGAGCGACCUCUCUGACAUAGAGGCGCUCGCUGAAGUACUCGAGGGCUGCGACUCAGCGUACUACCUCGUUCACUCGAUGCAAGCGAGCGGGAAAGAAUAUGCGGAUCGGGAUCGGCAGCUCGCAUCAAACUUUGCACAAGCAGCACGCGAUGCUGGUGUCAAGCGGAUCAUCUAUCUCGGCGGGCUCGGUGAUGGCGACAGCUUGCUGAGCGAACAUCUGCGUUCGCGCCGGGAAGUUGAAGAGGUGCUCGCAUCAACCGGAGUGCAGGUCACGAUCUUCCGGGCCGCGAUGAUCAUCGGAUCGGGAUCGGUGUCAUUCGAGAUCCUGCGAUAUCUCGUCGAACGAUUGCCCAUCAUGAUCACCCCAUCGUGGGUCAAGACUGAAUCGCAACCCAUCGCGAUCGCGGAUGUGCUCCACUAUCUUGUACGAUGCUUGGAGGUUCCUGAAACCGCGGGACAGGUUCUUGAGAUCGGUGGCGCGGAUAUCGAGCCAUAUCACGAUUUGAUGCGCACGAUGGCCGCGGCGCUGCAUCUCCCCAAGCGGAUCAUCAUUCCUGUCCCGGUGCUCACUCCGAGACUGAGCUCCGGAUGGAUCAGUCUCGUUACUCCGGUGUCAUACCGGAUCGCAAGACCGCUUGCGGAUGGUUUACGCAAUCGCGUGGUGGUCACCAAUGAUUUGGCGCAACGGUUAAUGCCCCAUCAACCGAUGGGAGUUCGGGAAGCGAUCGAGAAAGCACUCGUGCGCAUCGAGAGUAACGAUGUGCAGACACGAUGGUCCGUCGCAGGCCCGAUCCCUGGAGAUCCAGAUUGGGCCGGUGGGACAACCUACGAAGACCAACGCACGAUCGAUAUUCAAGCGUCAAGCGAGCACGUCUUCAAAGCGAUCUGCAGGAUCGGGGGCGGGCACGGCUGGUACGCCGCGGAUCUGCUCUGGAAAGUGCGGGGCUGGAUGGACACCCUGGUCGGAGGACCAGGACUGCGCCGAGGCCGCAGAGAUCCGGAGCGCGUUGAGUUCGGAGAGUCCCUCGACUUCUGGCGCGUGAUCGGGAUCGAGCAGAACCGCUCACUCGUUCUCCGCGCAGAAAUGAAACUGCCUGGAGUAGCAACACUCCAGUUUCAACUCGAACCAGGUCAGGACAACUCGAAUGAGUCCCCGACAACUUCGAUGACGAUGACCGCACGAUUCCGACCAAAGGGGAUCAUCGGCAUCGCACUCUUUGAUGAGAUGAUUCCAUUCUUUGGUGCAGGCUCACAAGAUUUCUCAACGCCAGGCAUCGGGGAUUUCUAUGCCGACAUGGGCAUGACCAUUUCAAGCAAUGAACCGUUGUGGAUCGGUGAUGGUGUUUCCCAAGGUGACUUUGGCAACUUUGAUAUCGAAGGCACCAACGGUCCUGCAUUCCUGUCACUGUGGGCCACCGACCCAGGCGGAACGGUCACCUUUACAUUUGAUGGUCCAGUCAACUUCCUAGUUGACUUGAUCCACACUUCCCUUGGAGGAACGGAUGAUGUCGUUUGCACCGUGACGACACUGAGAGACGGCUCGAUCGUUGAUCAUGAGAUCAUCCAGAUUGCUCAUGUGCCAGGAGAUCCGGAUGGAAUCCCAUUCUUCCGCCAAUGGAACAACGCGGACACCUUCCAUUUCCAGCUCGCUCCAACCUCAAAGCGUGUGCUCGCGUUUGAUUUCAUCGAGUGGCAGCACCUGACCUGCGGCAUCGCUGAUCUCAACAACGAUGGAAGACUGAACUUCCUGGAUGUCAGUGCAUACCUCGCAGAGUAUGGCAACGGAGUCACUCAAGAUGUGUUGGUAGACUUUGAUGAUCAGUUAGGCGGUAUUCCACCUGUUGAAACGGACGGUCAGUUUAGUGAGCAUGUUUCGUUUGGCACCAAUGACAACAACAUCCUGAUGAUCUUUGAGGGAGCUGGAUUCGUUGGCGGAUCAAGCCCGAACAUGCUCACCGCUGGUAUCUCUACAACUACAGACACAUUCGAUGGCGAUAUCUACAUGGAUUUCACUGUAGCCGCGAAUAACCUGUCCUUUGACAUCCUUGCGGACAACAGCUCAGGCGUCAUCGCGAUGCUCGGCAUUUUCCACUCUGGAGGGUUCACAGAGUUGAAUGUGACUGGUAACGGCAACUUCACCGAUCCUAUCGAGAUCGACCUGUCGGCAUACUCCGAUGUAAACAGCGUCGAGUUGUUUGCGAUCACUGAUGAGUUUGGUCUCGGAAUUGAUAAUCUUGCAUUCACAGUGCCGGACAUCGUUAUGAAGAACGCACAAAUCAAAGCAGCAAUGAUUGCCUGCGCUGGCGUAAUCGCAUCGAGCGCAUCAGCAGAUAUCUAUCACUGGGACUGGUCCGCAGAUACCGAUGGAACAUCGGGCUUGAACAUGCGCGGCGGAACAUUCGAGUCCAUCCACGCAGAGUUCAAUACAGACACCAAUCGCUUCGUCUGGCAGGUCUUGUUCUCAGACCAGAUCACCGACGGCUACACACUCGCUGUGAACAACGGCCCAAACCCAAAGGGGCACGCGGGCGAACUCGCACUGAUCUACUUCGACGCAACGGGACCUGAAGCUCGUGUCUCUGCGUAUGCGUACAACGGCCAAAAUACCCUACUCACUUACCGUGACGGCUCACCACAAGCUGGGGAGCAAACCCCCGACCAAAUUUUCGAUUACAACCAUUCAUCCAUCAUUGAAGCGUCUGUCAACGACUUUGACGGCAAGCGGAUGAUGACCCUUGAGCUGGAUGCGACCUACAUCAAUGUUCACAAUCCAGCAUAUCCUGGACCAGAAGGUCCGGGCGAAUGGACCGGCAUCGGCUUUGAAGAGCAGCUCGGACUCUGGAUGCACCCGCUCAAGAAUCUCUCCACCUCGUACAACAACGAGAAUGGACUGUCCCAAUGGAGCGGUCAACAGGGCUGGUUCGACGGAGCUGGGUAUGACACCACCACUGUCCCGGCUCCAGGCGCACUCGCACUCCUCGGGAUGGGCGGAUUGAUCUCAUACCGCCGCAAUCGCAAAUAA